CACGUGGUUCCGUGUCUGCCUCCCUGCUUGUCUUGUCAGUGUGUGAAGGUUUCCAGCCCUUCUCUCACUCCCCUUUCUUUCCUCCCAUACAAUACAGCAGACCGCCUCCUCUUCUUACUCCUUCCCACCCGCACCUCCACCUCCUGCUACACUUUUCCUACGUGUCUUUGCGACGCUUCCCGGGACUGUGGACAGCCAGGCCGCGGUCACUUCAACGUGUAUCCGCUCACAGAGAGAGAGAGAGAGAGAGAGAGAGAGAAAGUGAAAAGAGUGAGUGCGUGUGCGCGCACCCACCCGCAACCGGUCCACCCGUGUUAUUUCUCCCACUAUCCCCCCUCGUUGUUCGGUCAUGACGCUGGAAGCGAUCCGUUACCGGGCAGGGUCUCUGCAGAUCCUCAACCAGCUGCUGCUGCCACACCAGACCGUUUACGAUGAGAUCCGCUCGGUGCAGGACGGUUACGAGGCCAUCAAGUCCAUGAAGGUGCGUGGCGCCCCGGCCAUCGCCAUCGUCGGCUGCCUCAGCCUGGCUGUGGAGUUGCGGGCAGGUGCUGGGGGUGAUGACCCCGUGACCUUCAUCAGGGAGUCUCUGUGUCACCUGACCUCAGCCCGGCCCACUGCCGUCAACAUGGGCCGCGCCGCCCGCGAGCUGAUGGAGUUUGCUGAGAAUGAGAGCAUGGAGAAGAACUCUGAGCAGCUCAGAGAAAGUGUAAUUGCUUGGAUUGAAGAUAUGCUGGAGCGUGACGUCAAUGACAACAAGAAGAUCGGUAACUAUGGAGCCCAGCACAUCCUGUCUGGCGUCCCAAGGGACUCUGUCACCAUCCUCACACACUGCAACACCGGCUCGCUGGCCACAGCUGGAUACGGGACUGCGCUCGGUGUGGUGCGAAGCCUCCACACGCUGGGCAGGCUGAAGCGUAUGUACUGCACAGAGACGAGGCCGUACAACCAGGGAUCCAGACUGACGGCGUACGAGGCGGUAGCAGAGGGAAUCCCUGCUACACUUAUUACAGACAGCAUGGCAGCCCUCACAAUGAGAGAAAUGGCCAUCACAGCUGUGGUGGUGGGCGCAGACCGGGUGGUUGCCAACGGUGACACAGCCAACAAGGUGGGAACGUACCAGCUGGCCAUCGCCGCAAAGCACCAUGGGAUUCCCUUCUAUGUGGCUGCGCCCAGCACGUCGUGCGACUUGAGCCUGGAGAGCGGCAGGGACAUCAUCAUCGAAGUGCGCCCCCCUGAGGAACUCACCAGUAUAAACGGAGUCCCCAUUGCUGCUCCGGGUAUUGAGGUGUGGAACCCAGCGUUUGACGUUACCCCUCACCAGCUCAUCACAGGAGGCAUCAUCACAGAGCUGGGGGUCUUCCUCCCCUCUGAGCUCCAGGCGGCACUUACCGGCCGCCUCACUGCCCUCUAGAGCCCCUCAGCCUCUCCUGCUGGUCCGUGUGUGCCACUGCACAUUAACGUCACACACUCAAAGACACUCAUUUCAUUACAGGACACACACAAUCAUAGUUGUGGUUUAAUUUAGUUUUGGUCAACGCACAGUCACUGUUAAAUGUCAGCGGUGCACACAGAAGAAAAAAAAACGUUCUUCAAUCUUUACUCACCCACACAAAGUCACUGCAGGGAGUCAAGCAGACACAUGUGCAGUCUCCCCUUUUCUUUUAUGUCCUUCAUCAUUUCCUGUGGUCUCACCUUUUUUUCCAUUCUGUCUUUCAUUCUCUCUUUCCGCCUCUUUCUAAAUGGCUUCUGCGACAAGGAAUAGCGCUCAGCUGGACUCAAUCCCAAAAAUUCUGUUUGGCAAAAAAAAAAUUCUGAGUCGUCAAUGAGGUAAUUUUUCAGGGUUUCUUCAGCUGCAAACAAAAAAACGUCCAAAUAGUCUUAAGUGGCAAUUCUUUUUAUUUCAAAGUAGUGUUUUUGGUUUUUUUGUUUGUUUGUUUGUUUUUCAGCCAUGGUUUCUAAAUGCUGCUACGCACUUGUAAAUAUAAAAUAUCCUUGCUGGUAGUGUGUACAUAUGUAGAAAAGUAACCCUCUGCUAAUAAAAGGUACUACUAACCAAA